CAUGAUAGAAAUAUCACUAUGAAAGAAUAAAAUCUAUUUAACAAAAAGUAUAUACAAGUACUUUGCAUCGCUUUUUUCGAACACAAUUGAAGUUAUGCGGUGUCAUAUGCUCGGGAUUUUGUGCAAUUUUUAGCUGAAAGACUUGACAACAUAACCAAUGGUCUAAUUAACACGCAAGAUGUAUUGCAAACAAAGAUUUUUGGAAUAUCAAUUAUAUUAGGUGUAGUAUUUCCUGAAAAGACAAAAGGUUGUGUAUUUAUCGCACGUGUUUGUAUUGGGAUAAACAGUUGAAACUUUCUUUUAUAAAAAUGCAAAUCAAAGUAAAUUAAUUGAGUGACCUCGACUGCGCGAUCGUUACAUAGAGACAAUUAGCUAACACAACCAUGGCAGCUAAAGGAACAAUUUCUUCCCAUCUUUCGAGUUAUUUUCUGUUGUAUCUAUUUGUUCAUCAAGCUCAUACUGGAAAAAUCAAGAAAUCAUUCAAAAACAUACACAUAUUGGGUGAGCGGGUUAGACGAAGCAACAUCGAAGAUGGAGACUCUACUCAAUGUAUCGAGGUCGACAAAAAAAAUGGAUUUCCCCCUAUUGUUGAUGGACAAUUCAGAGUUCAGUUCAUCAAUAAUACAGGAGAGUAUUUUGUUAAAGUUGACUGGAAAAAACCAAUAGGGCGUAAUGGCAGUGUCCCCAAAGGAUACUGGUUUGUUUGGCUGGUAGAACGUUAUCCUUUUGGGGACAGAAAAAACCCGUUCGCAUCUGUCUGUCUUUCCAGGGAGAAAACUUCGUUUUUGAUUGAUGAAAGCGAAUCCACACACUGGAGGAAAAACGACAUGAUAUCAAUAGGAGUAAGUUAUAAAAUGUUUUCCAUUUUAGCAUAUACACUUAAGGCUUAUCCACGCACUCAUAGUGUGACUCAGAUACAGUGGAAUUUUACUAAAGGACAACUCUCGGAAGCAAACACCUCUCACGUAAGCAGACACUGUUAUUAGAUCCUUGCCAAUAAAGUAUUACCUCUCAAAACCUCGCAUUAGCAAACAUCUCCCAUAUGCGGACUCAAGCUCCUGGUCUGUCUCAACUCCAAAAUAAAAUGAGCCAUGUGUUGUUAGACUCAGUGGUGUACGAAAGAUAAGUCUGACAACUAUGUAAUUAAGACGUGUGCUGCUCAACUUAGCAGUUUAUGUAAGAAGUGGCGUGUAUUGAUAGAUUGAACAAUGUAUGUAAGAGGUGGCGUGUGUUGUUAGACUUGACAGUGCAUGUGAUAAUUGGCAUAUGUGUUGUUCGCACUGGUUGUUAGACUCAGCAGUAUGUGUAAGAUAAAUAUAUGGGUUGUGUUGUGAGACUUAACAAUUAAUGCAUGUAAAAUGUGACGAGUUGUUAGACUCAACAAUGUAUGAAAGAUGAGGCGUAACAAUGUAUGUAAGAUGUGGCCUGUGUUGUUAGACUCAACAAUGUA